CACCUGGAAGACAUAAAGAUCCAUACUUCUAUUGAUUGUGUAAAGAAGAUUGUAGCAGAGUUGGACAGAUAUUACACAUCCUGGAAUCACAACAACGGACAAACCGCGUGUACGUGCAAUGGCGUAAAGAAGUAUAUCAGCUGGCCCACAGAAGAUACAUCACAGUGUUACUAUCAUGACACAAAUUUCAACCAUAUGUACCGGACCGUGUUUGGAAGUAGGGACACACACAAUACGAAUACUUACGGACGAAGUUGUGCAAGCCAAAAUACAAUGUGGGCCUAUGUUGAUGCAGUCUCAAAUGCGCACACAUCAAAUACUUGCCUGGAAAUGUUGUUAAGAAUUAUGACUCACGCAUUCCAACAUGUUGGUACUAGUGGGAGCUGCUCGUGCUCUGUAAACGCUCACGUGACGACCACGCACAUGCCAGCCCUUCAUGCAAACAACGACUACUGCAGGCGCUAUUCGUCCUACACAGACAUACACAAUCUUAUUGGACAUGAUCAAUGUCUGGUAGACCACACAGGGGAGCUACUAUGUGACGUAGCCCCUGUCACAAAGUACGCGUCCCCAAAUGAGUUUUUGCUGUUACAGCGUUUGUACGACUGA